GUACCGUUUCUGACCGCUAGAUGGAGACAUUGGACACGAGUCAAACGCUUCACUAACACACUUUCAGCUUUCUUGAAGAAGAGUUUUAUAGGAGGCGAGCUUUGCCAAAAACGGCGUUACUAUUGCGACCAAUAGAACAACAGAAUGCGUAAUGAAGAGAGGAGCGGAGGGGAGGUUUUAGAGGGAGUUUUGGAGGAGGGGUCUCCGCGCGUAAAUGCGCAGCCGAGCGUGAAAGAGCCGGAGGGACAAAGACAUGCAGCAUGCAGCAGAACUCUAAGAGGAGAAAACACACUCCAAACAACAUGCAAACUCUAAAUGUUCAUCAAAAGAGGAUGAAAACUGGAUAAACACUUGAAAUGCACUCAACUGCAUGGAUAACCGUCUCACUGUGGACUAUGUUACUCGUUGCAUUUCCAUCAAAGUGCACUGGAUUGAUGCAAACAUGCACCUAAUCUAACUUCGCAGCUGAAAUGGAGAGCUGCAUCGUUCCGGUCGUGUUCCUCUCGUUUGUGAUGAUGCUGGACGCGCAGAUGCUCUGCUGGAAGGCGUUGAUCCGAUGUCACGCCGAAUACGACUGCGAGCUCGCCUACAACCAGUACCUGACCGCGUGCGACGGGAACAUCCGCGGCAGCAGACGCCAGUGUCCGAGUCAUUGCAUUAGCGCUCUCAUCCGCCUUAAUCAGACCUCCAGCGGACCGCACCUGGAGUCCUGCGAUUGCGGGACCGACCCGGAGUGCCUACGGGCCAAACGGGCUAUCGAGCCCUGCUUGCCGCGGACGUAUCCUGGUGGAACCGACGGGAUCGGAUGCACCGAAGCGCGCCAGCGCUGUGAAGACGAGCCCAGCUGUCAUUCGUCCCUCACCGCUUACCUGUCCCACUGCGGACAGCUGUUCAACGGGAGGAAAUGCUCGUCCCGGUGCAAAUCGACCAUCGAGGAGCUGCUGUUCAUGCCGAGCGGCGUUCUGCUGAAUCAGUGCGUCUGCGACGGUCUGGAGAGGCCGUUUUGCGAGGUGGUCAAACAGAAUAUGGUCAAACUGUGUUCAAUAGGAGACCACAGCGUCUCCGUGGACCACGACGGGAUGGACGAUGCGUACGAGGACGAGGAUUAUGAGAAACCAGAGAGCGAGGUGACCGACGCUGAUGCGGUGAUGUCGUUUACAAGCACUUUGACUGUUUCUCAACAGGUAGUUUUGCUGUGCAUUGCAUUCGCUUUUGUUUUCCGACGACUGUUGGACGUUUAGUCCUUCAUCAGCUGUCAUUAGCUCACAACUCUUCACCUCAGUGCCACUUGAAGACAAACAGUGGACGCACGGCGAGGGUUUGCACAGCCGACGCUCAUUGUACUCGCAUCUUACUUCAAAUAUUUGCAGUGCGCGGGACAUAAAGGAGCCGGUUUGGGGAUCAAGUGCUUCAUUUGCGUGAAGAGGCCCUUCAGAAGCUGUUAAACGCUCGCUUUCUCUCUCACAGUUUGCUUUUAUUGGUUUGACCUCUUUUUGUGAACUAUCAGGUCUUAUGGCCGUUUAACAGCACUGCAUUUGACUCGAGUAUCUUUAAAUCUAUUGUUCAUGUAUGCUGGAAAUCAACACAAGUGCCUGAAACUCAACUCAAUGGUUUUCAGUGGUUUUUGACCUGUCGGUAACACUUUAUUUAAAGCCUUUAUAUAUAAUGCAUUUUAAAUGUAGUUUUAAUGCAUUAGUUAUGCACCUUACAAUGCAUUGUAUGAUCUCAUGAAUAAUUGCAACCACAGUUUAAAUGCAUUGAAAUACAUUGUUACACUAUUAGAAAGUAUAAUGCAUUCAAACAUGCAUUUUAACUUUGGUUACAAUUAGUUAAAAAUAUAAUGCAUUCACAUGUAGAUUGUGAACACCUUUAUAAUGCAUUAUACCUAAAGGCUUUUGCAUUUAAUGAAUUAUUAAUAAUGCUGCAAAGAAUAAAGUUUACCAGAAACACGCUCUAUGUAAGUAUGUGAACACAAACGCUGAUUGAAACGUAAUCCAUCCAUUAUCAGUGUUGCCACAAGGGAUGCUGUAGCAGAAAUGCAUGUGAACCGUCUUCUAUGAUCAUUUUUGUCUUUCAGGUCAUUUACUGUCAUUGCAUUUGAAGAGAAUCUUGCAGAGCAAGUUAAUUAAAGUUAAACUUGAUGUUUAUAGUAGCUACUUGAAUGUUAAUGCAUCUAAAUGUAAGGAAACCCACAGCUGUGUUUGUAUACUUGUGUAGAGUGUGUUUCUGGUGUAAUAUUUCUUGAUCUUCUCAAAGUGUCUUGAAUUUUUGUACAGAAAAGAAUUUAUUUAUACAUUUUGGAAUAAUUAAGAAAAUAAAAGUCAUGCUGAAAUGUAAGAUAAACACUUGUCUUAGGUUGAUUUUUCAUCUGAAAAAUGUGGAAUAUUCAUUUCCAAAUCCAGUGAACAGUUUUUCAACCGGGUUUGACUAGAUUUAGAACUAUGUAAUUGUUUUAUGUUAUGUCUGGUUAUAAAUAAAUAAAUUACUGACAAAUGGGCAAAAGUUAGGAUAGUGGCACAUUUCAAAAAUGUAGAAUUACAACUAAUUAGUAUUUGGGGUGAAAGUAAUUUGUCUUUUAAUAUGCCAUAAAUUGAUUUUUGUUGUAAAUAUACCUGACAAGAUUGUUACACUGAAUGACAUUUUUCUGUAAAUUAGGGAAAAAUGUAUGAUAUUUAUUU